AUGCCCGAGAAUUCUGUUGACGGUGAUUCUGCCCUAUUACGUUCACCGAAUUCGCCUUAUGUGACUAUAGACCAAAUUGUACAGACUGACGCUUCACAGCCGGAUAACGAUGCUAAAGAUGACACAGUGAUAUCAUGCGCUAUCACAUGGAUUUCAAAUGAUUUAGAAAACUUGACAGGAAAGUUGGAGAAAUUGCUUAAAUAUCACGGAAAAGAAAACUUCAAUGAUCAAGACCUAGACAACGAAGAAUUUCAUAUAGGAUUUAGUGAAAAAGUAUCUCUGAUUUCACUGAUUCUUGAAUUAAAAUGCAAAGUGAAUUGGUUAAAAACGUGUUUUAAUCAAUUAACAGGAUAUACUUUUAGAAAAAACAAUGAAUUAUCAAGCAAAAAUAACUUAACUAAAUUGGAAGAUAUUAAAAGGAAUUUUGAGAGUUCGACGAGCAACUUGAAGUUGUUAUUAAGUCAAAUGGAAACUGAUGCACUAGAAGACGAAUUAUCAUGUGUCGGUAAACUAGCCCAAACAACAGCAAAUCAACUGAAACUUAGUCACUCAAGACUUGAAGAAAAUCUCGAUUCAAUAAGGACUGAUCUUAUUCGUCUAAAGGCUGAAUGUCACUAA